AGAGCCUGAAUUUUACAUUUAUUUAAGUUCUUGAUCUAUAUAUUCUAAUCCUUUUGAAUUUAUAUACAACAGUGCUCAAAUUAUUUAGAAACCUAUAAAAAUGAAACGAUUAUAUCCACGCAUUCGACAGAUAUUCUAACCGGAAAUAUGUCGGUCUAUAGGUUUUUUUCCAGCCCAGAAAUUACUCAUGAAAAAUUGAUAACUAAUCUUCUCUUCCAUUCAGAUGCUCUGAAAACCAUGAAUUUGUAGUCCCCAAAAAAGCGAUAAAAAGUCCGGAUGAAAUGAUUGCUUGGCAGAAAUCGGAAGCCUACUUUGAAUAUUUGGGUUUUAUUCUCGCAAUAAAUGAAUCGAUUAAGGGAAAGUUUCUCAACUCUGAAACUCCGAGUUCACAAAUUGUAGAACAAUUUUUGAAAAUGCUCAAUAAAUUGGACGAAUGGAUAACCCAAAUUCCUCCAGUUGAGCAGCCCCAACGUUUUGGAAACCAAGCAUUUCGCACGUGGCACAGUAAAUUACACGAUUUGGCAUUCGAAGAAUUGAAACAAGUAUUACCUCAAGAAUUACAUCGAGCUAUUCUCGAAAUAGUCGAGUACUUACUUGAAGGAUUUGGUAAUCCAACGCGUAUUGAUUAUGGAACUGGACAUGAAAUGGCAUUUAUCAUGUUUUUAUGCUGCAUGUUUAAAAUUGGCGCAUUUAAAGCUGAAGACAAAGUUGCAGUUGCACUUAAGUUGUUUCAGAGGUAUCUGGAAAUAGUACGAAGGCUUCAGCUAACUUACAGAAUGGAGCCAGCUGGAAGCCACGGCGUUUGGAGUUUGGAUGACUAUCAAUUUGUACCUUUUGUUUGGGGAAGUGCUCAAUUAGUUGGUCAUCCUCGCAUCGAACCUCAACAUUUUGUGGAUCAUGGAGUCGUUGAAACAUUUGCAAAACAAUACAUGUUUCUUGGAUGCAUCGAAUUUAUUUCUAAGGUAAAAACAGGACCGUUUGCAGAACAUUCAAAUCAACUUUGGAAUGUCAGCGCAGUUUCCACGUGGUCAAAAGUGAACAGUGGACUUAUCAGGAUGUAUAAAGCUGAGGUAUUGUCCAAGUUCCCUGUGAUUCAGCACGUACUAUUCGGUUCCUUAUUUUCGAUUAAUGAAGCGCCCGAGGGUGCGAAUUGCCGAAUUGAGCAGCUUGGUCCACCUUCGGCUGGACCGCGCCGAAUGUAAAUCUUCUUUAUCUUAGUACGUUCCAACAAAUGAGGUCUUAGGUUGUAUAAAAGUGUAUUUAUGAGGUUGCUCUUAGAUGAGAAUCAACAAUUUUAACGAAAAGCAUUAAGCAGUAUUGAUUCUUACAAGCUAGUGUUUUUAUUUCCACUUUUUUUCGUGUAAAUUAUUUAUUUGGUACUAAUACUCAUUACCUGGCUUUAAACUCUGUUUAUACAUAAUGCUUUAGUCUUCGAUUAGUUGUAGAAUGAAGAAAAUGUACUGUAUUUUUUAUUUUAUUUUUUUUUUAUUUUGCAAAACUAAAAGUAUUUUUUGAAGACGGCGAAUCUGCUAGAGUAAGGUGCGAGAAUCUUGAAGUAGGAUGAUAUAUGAGGUUUUUCAUAAUUUGACGUAUUACCUUUUUUCUUAUUUAAGUCGUUGAAAGUCACUGUGAAAAAGGGGGGUCACAAAUAUAUUUAAAUAUGAAACAAC